AUUCACCACCACCUUGUCGACAUCUUCCAGGCAACGAAGCCGCACGACAUCCUCCUCUUACGACUCACCGGACGACGGAAAUCUCGUAACCGCGCAAGAUGCCGAAGAACAAGGGAAAGGGAGGUAAAAACAGGAGACGUGGAAAGAACGAAAACGACAACGAGAAGCGCGAACUCACCUUCAAAGAAGAGGGUCAAGAAUACGCACAAGUCCUCAAGAUGCUGGGCAACGGCCGCCUCGAGGCGCUGUGCUUCGACGGCUCCAAGCGACUCGCACAUAUCCGAGGAAAGCUCCGCAAAAAGGUCUGGAUCAACCAGGGCGACAUCAUUCUGCUCUCUCUCCGAGACUACCAGGACGAAAAAGGCGAUGUGAUUCUCAAGUACAGCGCCGACGAGGCCCGAUCGCUCAAGGCGUAUGGCGAGCUCCCCGAGAGCGCGAAGAUCAACGAGACGGAUACAUACGGCGGUGAGGAGGAAGGCGGAAUUGGAUUCGACUUUGGUGAGGAUGAUGACAGUGACAGUGGGGAUGACAUCGAUGUCGAUGAUAUCUGAGGUGGGGAUGAGAGUGUGGAAAAGCCAGGCGACGGCGUCUGUGGUUCUACAGCCCGGCGGCGACGUUCGGCUGAGUGCGCACAGUCUACGAUCACGUUACGAAAUACUGUCUGCUCGCGGCCG